ACGUGACUGUCAUCAGCCAGCGUGACGCUCGAUCAGCUGACGAUCACGCCACCUUCUCCGCUGCGGGAGAUACGGACAUCCAGACGUCUCCAUACGCAGUGUUUUAAAUACAACCCGUACUGAAGCAUGGCGAGCCAGUCUCAGGGCAUCCAGCAGCUGCUGCAGGCUGAGAAACGAGCCGCAGAAAAGGUCGCAGAAGCCCGUAAAAGGAAGAAUCGUCGUCUGAAGCAAGCCAAAGAGGAGGCCCAGGCAGAGAUUGAGCAGUAUCGUCUGCAAAGGGAGAAAGAGUUCAAGACAAAGGAGGCUGCGGCACUGGGGUCCCAUGGGAACUCUGCUGUAGAGGUGGAUAAGGAGACCAUAGAUAAGAUGAGCCGCAUCCAGAGCAGUUAUCAGCAGAACAAGGAAGCUGUGCUUGCAAACCUGCUGAAGAUGGUGUGCGACAUCAAGCCAGAGAUCCACGCCAAUUACCGUGUCGCUGGAUAAACACCUCUGUGCAACCACCACAUCCGUUACAAUCCCUCAAGGCCCACAAAGCACUGAGACAAAGACUGCUACUGGACAUAUCACGUUACAAUCAUAAUAUGGACUACACUGCUUAAUAAUACACUCCUUAUCAACUUUACAACAACUAAUUUCCUGCGGUUUAGACAGAUGCUCAUUGAAACAUAAAGCUAUCAAUGGUCAUGGUACUUUACAUACACGUUACCGCAGAAUUUUUCAUUGUUUGCAUCUAUAUCUUUGAUAUGAGCCAAUGCGAGUCUUUGCCUCUGCUCUCUUAGUUAACUGUAGCAUUGUCCGGUUUAUCAGAGUGAGUCUAUUUCUUUGUGAAUGAUACCUUUAAAUGAGUGUCUGUAUCUCAAUGCUACGUUCUUAAUUUGAGUAAUCCGAUGUUUUAUCUAAUUGAUGUAUACAGUAUAAUUUUUUUGUCAAUGGCGCUUUUGUGACAAGGCUCAUAAUUAUCAUUAUCUUAAUGUAGUAUUCGUAGUUAAAUUAGCUGCACUCUUCCUCCCUGCUGCGCUCUUGUUCUGUAUAUGUAAGUGCAUUCCUCUAUUUCAGCCUGCUGUGAAAAUGUCAUAAAUGUCUGUACAAAUGGA